CAACUACCGCCGCCUCCUCGAGCGGUCGAGCCCCGGCCUCCCAUCUCCGAUCUCCGUCUCUCCCGUCCCGCAGCGACGUCGACGCCGGUAGCCACCACGGCCGCCCUCCGCUCCGUGCGAACAUUCAAGGCGAUGCCGUCGCAGCGGAGACUUUGACGACGGAGCAGGCGCCACCGCCACGAACCAACAGUGGCCGCGUGCGCGCGCGUGUGUACACUUCUACCGUUCUACGUGAGCGUGGGCGAUCGGUUCACGUCCGUUGACCGGAGGCUGGGGCGUAGGUGUACGCAAUGGCGGCCAGGGUGCACCACCACCACUACCCCGUGGUGGUGUCGGCAGCGGCGUCGCCUGCUAGGUCGGAGGACAUGCGGCUGAGGCGGUCGCGUCCGCCUGCCAAGGCGGAGGACAGGCGGCUGAGGCGGUCUCCGCCGGUGUCGGUGGAGAAGGCGCGGCGGCAGGGGCGGCCGUCGCGGGGCGGGGCUGCGGUGGCGGGGACAGCGGCGGGGACGGCAGCUGGGUGCGCGGCCGUGUGCGCCUGCUUCCCGUUCGCCGUGAUUGAGCUCGCCGUCCUAGCCACCGUGCGCGCCCCCGCCGCGAUGUGCCGCCGCACCAUCCGCGAGCGGCGCAACCGGCGACGCGAGGCCCGGGCCAUGCGGAAGAAGGAGAUGGAGGGCGUCAUCCUCGGCGGGGACGCGUCGCCCAAGUCGGUGGCCGCGGCCCAGGCGAAGCACGCCGCGCUGAAGGCGGAGGAGGAAGAGGCGGAGCAGGGGUGGUGCCAUUGGCCGGUCAAGCCCGCGGCGGCGGCGGUGGCUGCGGCCGAGGAGCUCGCCGAGGCGGAGAAGGAGGUGUGGGAGCGCUUCUACGGCACCGGCGGCUUCGGGAGGAGCCCGUCGGAGCACGACGAAACGUGGUGAUCGCUCGGCGCGCGCCUUCUCCGGCCGGCGGUCUCGUCGGCCUAGUCGGUUUCUUGGCCUUCCUCCCUCCCUUCUUGGGCGGAGAGAAACCAAACUCCACUUCUUUAAUUUUGCGAUUAACGUAGCGUUAGUUGCAACUCUGUUCGUGUUUCUCUUCUCCCAAAUUUUGUCUAAUUGGGAGGAAUGAAAAGAAACCAUGCUGCUUGCUUAGGAAAAAUUACAUAAACACGGU